GCUGAUGUAUUUUGCGCCCGUGGAUGCCACAGCUGACCAGUUUGCCGUGAAGGUGCUGGAGGAGUCCUUGCCACCAGUAUUAUCUGAGGGAGAGAAAUCAUGCAGUGUGUUCAGAGCGGGAGAACCCUGGCAAGGCGUAGAGGAAGUGAAUGGCGUCACGUUGGACAUUAACAUUGGGGUGCGUCUGGUCCGUUAUGGAGCUGUGAGACUGGUCGGUGAAGCAAACGAGAUUCGACUCCACUACAAUGUUGGCAACACCAGAGUGUAUCGCGAAGCUGGCACCAAGUUCGUUGUGAUAGCUGAUGAAGAGGUUGACGUUGUGGAAGCUUUGAUCUCGCAGUAUCCGCAAUACUCUUUGAUCAAGGAUUUGCCUGAUAUUGGUGGAAAAUCCGGAAAAACGUUGGCAUUUGUGACCAAACUCUUCGAAAUUGGUCUGCUGCUGACAGAUGCUCCCGUCUUGGCUAUGCGGGAUGUGGAGUAAGCUGUACCAUUGCCCUCUGCUUGAAUUCAUUGAAUUGUUCAAACUUGAGGUUCAAUGAAGGAUUCAUUAUUUCACACA